AUGUUGCUGGCGGAUGAUCCGUGGAUAAUUCCACGUACUGCAUAUGUCUAUGACCGGGAUAGUCAGUCGUCGGUUAAACCUCCUUCUUUCGUCACGCUGGCGCGUCGUCUUGGACCCCAGAAGUUUAGAGUUUGUCCUGCGUUGUGGACGCAAUGUGAUGCGGCAGCAAAUGAUGUGUUGGCGCCAGACAAACCGAAGCACAAGGUUAGUCCACCCAAGUCUUCGAUAGUGGUCGUAGUGACAGAAGCGUUAGUGCGGGCAUUGGAUAACAAAGCCGAGGCCGCUGCUCAAGAAUACCAGCUUUUCUCCUUGGUCAAUACAUCCAGUGUGGCAUCAGCGGCAACAGGGGAUGGGGCGUUAGGUAUUCAGCAGGACUCGCGAGAGGUGACGUCUUCGAUUGCACAGGUAGGGAUAGCACGGGUAGGGAUACAGCCUGCUGUUGAUCCCUGGCCUGUUCUCGAAAGUGUGGUAAAAAGGGCCACAUGCAGGCGGUAUGCAAACAAGAAUGACAUGCGGCUGCAGUGCGGCGCAUUGGGGAUAGCAAGAGAGGUUAGAGAGAAGACUUGCUAA